AUGGAUAAACAGUUAGGAAGUGGAAGAACUGGGACUCCAACCCAGGCCUAUUUGACUCAGAGCCCACUCAACGCGUCCCUGGGCGGGGUCUGGUGGGCUUUGGCCCCCCUGGGAACACCCAGAACCCUCUCCGGGGGUGCUGUACACAGAGGGCUGCUUCCUGUCUGUGACAACAACGGAACGAUAGAAUGGGUUACAACAAAAAAGCAACGCUUGUCUCUAAUCCUCAGGCAAGGCCAGCUUCCAGAUACCCCACCCUAUUCUGCGUCAGACUCCUGCUCUCCUCCACAGGUCAAAGGUGAGUGCGAUGCGCCUCCCUCCUGCACUGCUUGCUCUGCUCCUGUUCUUUGGGACUGUGCGUGGUGGGAGAGAGGCCUUUCUCACCUGAGUGUUCCCCCAGGUGCGUGCUGCCCGGCUCUGACGCCCGCAGCCGGGAGAACCACGGCUGCUUUCCUGCACGCCGCAGCUGCACCUGCGAUGCUGCCUGCACACCUGCCCCCCAGCUCGUCCGGAACCAGUGCCUCUGGCCAUACCCACGGCGGCUUUCACAACUGCUACCCAGACACCAGUCAUCUCGUGACCCCCCUGGACCAACCUGUGUCCUCCCACCUGGAGAUUGGUUGUUCUUACCAUCAGCACCCUCUGUGCCACAGUCCUGGAGCCUCAUUGCCAUCCACCAAGAAGAGAAAGUGCACACAGACGCUGGAGGAUGCCGGGGACGGUCAAGUGUGGGCGCAUCACUCCAGACCAAUGACAAGCAGGAGUCACAGCAACGAAGUGCAAGACCGUGACAGUGAGAGACAGAACGUGAUGCUUGCGGACCAGUGCUCGCCUGCUCUGAAGUGGCAGCCAUACCGAAGUGUUCCUUGGCAUAGUUUAGUAAAUGGUCAAUACGAAAAACUACCCGAUAUCGGCUAUCGAGUUGUCACAGACAAAGGAUUUAAUUUUUCGCCGGCAGAUGAAGCCUUUGUUUGCCAAAAGAAGAACCAUUUUCAGCUAACCAUCCAUAUCCAAGUCUGGGGAAGUCCAAAGUUUGUCAAAACCCAGUUGGGCCUAAAGCCAAUAGAAAUGUUUUACUUGAAAGCUUUUGGGGUUAAGGUAGAAGCCACCAAUCAAAUAAUUGCUAUUGAACAGUCCCAAGCAGACAGAAGCAAAAAGAUCUUCAAUCCUGUUAAAGUCGACCUGCUUGCUGACCAGGUCACCAAAGUAACGCUGGGCCGGUUACACUUCAGCGAAACCACAGCAAAUAACAUGAGGAAGAAGGGAAAGCCAAACCCUGACCAGAGGUACUUCAUGUUGGUGGUUGGACUGUAUGCUGCUAACCAAGACCAGUUCUACCUGUUGUCUGCCCACAUCUCUGAACGGAUCAUUGUCAGGGCCUCCAACCCUGGGCAAUUUGAAAAUGACACUGAUGCCUUAUGGCAGCGAGGACAAGUUCCAGAAUCUGUGGUUUGCCACAGUCGAGUGGGCAUAAACACAGACGCACCAGACGAAGCCCUGGUUGUCUGUGGCAACGUGAAAGUGAUGGGGACAAUUAUGCAUCCGUCUGACAGCCGGGCAAAAGAGAACGUCCAGGAGGUUGACACGAAUGAACAGCUGAGAAGAAUAGCCCAGAUGCGGAUUGUUGAAUACGACUACAAGCCUGAAUUCGCGUCUGCCAUGGGAAUCAACGCCGCCCACCAAACAGGUACCAAAAAGAAGUCUCAUAAGGGAGAAAGGAAAACGGAGCAUUUGAGUCCAGCAGGUCUUGUUGCUGGAGCAACACCGGCCCUGGGAACGUCCACCCAGCAGGUGCGCGCUUCUAACAGGGACCGCGCAUCAUGUGGGGACGUGGUGCUGAAGACCUGCCCCCCAACCUCCCCCCCACCCCUGAGAGGGACUCUGGUGCCUUCACACCUGUCUCCUGUCACCUGCCUGGCCCUGCAGGCUUGCCAGCUCACGUGGAAUGAGGAGCAGAGCCCGGAAGCAGCGGACCCCUUUCAGCAAGGGCCUUUAGGGGAAGGAGAGGCCCCAAGAAGGCUGAAGGGUUGGGUGAAGGACCAGAUCUUUAUGGAAAAUGUAGGUGCAGUGAAGCAGCUGUGCAAACUAACCAACAACCUUGAAGAAAGAAUAGAAGAGUUAGAAAUAUGGAACAGAAAGCUGGCCCAGCUGAAGCGGCUCAGUAGUUGGAAGUCCUCCGCCAGCGAAGCAAGCUCAAUCAGCAAAUUUAGCAGAGCUCUUAGCUCAUCUUCUCCAAGAAGGACCAUUCCCAAAAAACCCAGCAAGGUUUAUUUUUCAGGAAAAAACCAGUCAUGUCCCAACUGGGUUUUCCAGACCUUGGUUAUAACGCUCAUUGCUGUGAUGGCCUUUUGUGCCUUGACGAUCGUCUCCCUUUACAUACUUAGCUUAAAAGAUCAAGACCGAUGUACCCCGGGUCUCCCUUCCAGCAACGUGACAAGCUCUCAGGAGCCGGAGCUGCCACCCACAGCCUCCCCCUCGGCACCGAAUGCAUCUGUUGCAACCUCACAACCCUCCUUCCAAGUACCAGAAAUCACUUUCUGUGAGAUCCUGCCGUGUCUGGAGACUUACUGCUGCCCGAUCUGGGGAACAGGAAGACUCCUCUCCAGUCCUGUGCAAAGACAGUCGGAGGAGAAGCAGCCCCACCAGAGGCUGCGGGCAGGAGACAGGAGCACAUCGUUCGUGGCAGCAGAGACGCAAGGCAGCCUUGACUGGGGGAGUGACUGGAUUGAUACAACCAUCAGUUCUAUUCAGAUCAUGGAAAUCCAGCAAACAAUAGAUCGUCGGUUUUGCAGUAGAAGUCUCCAGUGCGGGUCUGGAAAUUACAAUUACUAUAUUCCUGUUAAUAAGUACACACCCACCAAUGUCAAAUUCUCUCUGGAAAUCAACACCACGGAGCCCCUGAUAGUCUUCCAGUGCACGUUCACCCUUGGAAAUGUGUGUUUCCAGAGUCAAGGGGAAGCCAAAGGGGUGCAAAGCCACCAAGAAGUCUCCCAGGAGAUGACACAGGGAUAUCAGCACAUCUGGAACCUCCCUGUCGCCCCACUCUUUGACAGCUCAUACCAUUUCCGGGUAGCUGCACCGGACUUGGCUGACUGCUCCACGGACCCUUAUUUUGCCGGGAUAUUCUUCACAGACUACUUCUUUUACUUCUAUCGACAUUGUGCCUAAUUUAUUCAAGUUUGUUGGGGGACUUGACCAAAGAAAAAUACUCAAAUAUGGUUAACGGAAACUCACGUCCUCUUACAACUUCUUUCUUUCUUUGUAGAACAUGCACCUUUUUUGGGCAAACUUUUCACAGGCUUUGGCUUCCAACAGUUUUGAGACGUUAAUGAGGAAAAUAAAGUGUUUGCUGGAACUUGAGAUAACCUGGUGUUUGAUUUUUGCCGUGACUAUGAGGAAAAGAUUUCCUGGAGUAAACAGCGCUGUCAGAUCUGAAAAUACUGCUUCUGUGAUGAAGGAGGCGGGGAGGUCAAAACGGACAGGUCUAUUUAACUUUACUUUGUCUUAAUGUACCGCAAAGCUUUGGAGAAAAACAUAAAGGUCCGUUUCAGCCAUAUCAACUUGGAUCCACCAAAUAUAGACUCUUGAGAAUGUGUGAUACGGUGUGUGUUUGGGGGGUGGGGGGUGGUGUCCGAGCUCACAUUUAGGCAAACUAUUGCUAUGAGUGUGUGUGUGUGUGUGUGUGUGCAUGUGCAUGCUUGUGCACUGUGCACACUAGUGUGGAAUGCAGCUUGCUAAUAAAUUGGAUUUAAGAAAAAUAGCUGCAAUUCUACUGUGUGAUGUCUGAUGGAUGCUACACUUUCUGUGUGCUCUGGGGAGGCACUAGCUUGCGACCAGCCCUUUAAGGUACCCAGACAGUCUGGGCUCAGAGAGUUGCAUCUGACCUUGCAGGUGCCAUCGCUCUGAUUCUGUUGUUCUGUGGUGGUUGUCGUCUUCUUCCUCUGCACGUAAGGGGUCCUCUUACAGGGCAUUAAGACUCAUCUCCAUUGUUUACAGCCGACUUAGCUUUGGAUAUGUCUACCUGGCUAAUGGGUAGAUUUGUAUGUCUUUCCCAACUUAGAAGGGCCAGAAAUCCUCUAGCUGGAGUGUACCAACUCUAUCUUUCAUUUUCUCUGUUCUGAUAUUUGACAUCCUGGGGUCUCGCUGACUCUGGUGAGACUCCACCUCCCAGGGUCUGCCAGUUCCCAGAGAUAGUGAACAACCUGCCCAUGAGUGCUAUUCAAAUACAAACCAACCGAUCCAUAGCUCUCAGCCAAGCCACCUCCUUUAUCAAGUUCUUGUACUCGGUGCCACUAUCCACCUGCCCUAACUGCCCCAGGGCCAUGUACCAGAAAAUUCGGGGCAGCCCCCACAUCCCAGAGCCUGCUGACAUCCCUCACGCUGGCCAGUCCUAAGUCUGUUU